AUCCGUGAUGGCAGCAUUAAAUAGAAGACGGGAAUCACAAGAUGAUGAAGAUUACUGGAUGAAAUCAACAGUCAAUAAAAAUAAAAGCAAGUUCAACAUUUUUGACGAUGAUGUAACCGUAGAAACAGCCGAGGACCUGGCCAAAUCUAAGAAACUCUUGUCUCAGUUUGAUGAGGAGGAUGUGGAUACAGUUAACUGGGACGACACUCCCGUGCCCAAGUCAAUAACAUCCUCAGCUAUUAGUGACACCGCCUCCUCCCUCCCUAAAUCCUCCUACUCUACUGUGCCCAGCACCGGGAAUGUCCCGCCUUAUAUGACACAUUCCAGGUCACACAGUGAAAGCUUUGGUGUGUCAGCUCGAGUGUCCUUCACCCCUCCCACACAGGAUCUCUCGGUUCCUGCGGUACAGUACAGUAAAUCUCAGGAGAAACUCCACACCCUCGCCUCUCCCGCCAGUAACGUCAGUAUAGAGGAAGCAAUAUCUGGUUACAAAUCUACAAACUCUAGCUCCAGAAACCAGGAAGAAGAAAUUCAGUACCUGAAGAGGGCUCUAAGGAAAGCUAAAGAACUUAAAUUUUCACCAGAAGAAACCAUUAGGAAGAUGGUACUAGGAGAGCCAUAUAGUUUGGAAAUAUUUCGUUCUAAAGAAGAAAAGCUACAGCUUCUAGACAAGGCAAUACAAGUACAUGAUGGAAAUGCUAUAACUGCUGUGGUUUUAUUCCUGAAACAAACCAUCAAACCCUCUCUAUUUAAUCUUGAGCUACAGAGGCGACCUGUAGCUGUCAAUCAUUAUCUCAGCUAUCUCAGGGCCCACUAUGACUUCAAAGAACUCGGGGAUGUCCUUGGGAUGCUGAACAGAACAGAAGAGGCUGCCAUUUUGAAGUACAAGCAAGCUGUGGGUGCAUCUGAUGUGAGAGGAAAGAUUACUGCAUUGAGAGGAUGCUUAAAAGCUCAUUUCCUUCAUGAUGCUGAUUUGUCCCACGAGGCUAAUUUAGUAGAGCAGCAUGCCUCCCUGCUGGAGAGACAAAGGCCAAUAGAGGAUGCUGACAGUAAAGCAGAGGCCCAGGGGAGUCCUGUAUUUAAGCAGCACCCACGUAAAGUCAGCAUCCUCAACAUGCCCCUGAUAACAACUCUGUAUUACUGCUGUUUCUACCAUGGCAGAGAUGCUGAGAAUCUGUUGACAUCACCUUUAGCUAUAAAGAAGCAGCAUCAGUUAUCAGACAAACAGUACAUAUGGACUGCACUGCUGGCAAGGUCAAGGUUAAAGCACUGGACAGGCAUCGAGGAACUCCUUACAGCCAAGGGCUGGUUUGGUAGCACAAAAAAUGUCUCAGUGAUUGGUUUCGACAAAGUUUGUGAAAUCUUACACAAGACGUCAGCUCCAGAAGAUAUAUUGUCCAAGUAUCUGAGGAUGAUAGAUGGCUCUGAGAAACGAUUCAAUCUGGCCAGGAAAUACAAAUGUCAUGAGGUGGUGGUGGAGACUUUGGUCAAUCUACGAGAUCGAGCUGAACUUCAAACCUAUGCUAGUAAAUUACCACCAGGUUCCCAAGGAGUGAAAAUGGCUCAGGAUGCUCUUAGAUCCUCAACUAUCAAGUGGAAAACAUGAAGAGACAGGAUGAUGAUGUCUACUACUGCAACUGUGAUAUUUGUUCAUGAGAGAAGACAGUUUAUAUAACAUAGAUACAUGAAUUGCUAGAUUUGAUCUAGUGGUCAACCUUUUGGCACCAGUUGACAAACAGUACAAAUCUUAAUUGGUAAUGUAACCUUUACAAGGUCUGAAGGAGGAAUAGAAUGUACACCAUUUCUACAAUAUCUUGUCAAAGGAGUUGAAUGUUAACAAAUGGAGAUACUUGAAUGUUAACAAAUGGAGAUACAAGUAGAGAUGAUCAAAAUUAAAAAGCGAUGUUUUAAUGUUAAGUCUAACAAUAUUGCGGACUUAAUUUUUUUUUGUUACCUAUAUCAGAGUCAACAGUACAUAACUUUUUUCUGGAUGGUAUUUAAUCUAUAAAUAUGGUUUACAGUACAUGUAUUUGAAAAUCAUAUUUUCAUAAAAUGUUUACUGUUACUACUAUAAAUGUAUUUUUACAAUGAUGUGUAUUCU